UCCUUGCCCCCUCCCAGUCCAGGACCCUGCUCCCAGCCUCCACCCCCGGCCCCGGCCCCGGCCCCACUUGGCGGUCGGGCAGGAAGAGCGCGCUGACACUUCGGAGCCGCAGCCGCCGUCACAGCCACAGGAGCUGCCGGGUCUGGCUCGGCUCAGCUGGGGCGGACACUGGGAGCCAGGGACGCCACCCGCCCUCAGAUCUGAAGGGGGCAAAGUUGAAAGCACAUUUAUAUACAACCAGAAGACAGUUUUCUAGUUUGAUUCAACUUUAAGACUGUUGCAUCAGAGCAGGUGAUAAUCUUGAUGACACACUCAUCCUCAAGAGCACGUUGAGCAACAGAAGAUGCCUUGGAGUCAAGAUGAAUGAUAAAGGGUGCCAGAGAAGCUGCUUCCACUGAGAGGCUCCCCUGAGACAGGAGACAUUGCCAUGGUUGACACAGAGAUGCCAUUUUGGCCCACCAACUUUGGGAUCAGCUCCGUGGAUCUGUCUGUCAUGGAUGACCACUCCCACUCCUUUGACAUCAAGCCUUUCAGCACUGUUGACUUCUCCAGCAUUUCUACCCCACAUUAUGAAGACAUUCCAUUCACAAGGGCUGACUCAAUGGUUCCUGAUUACAAGUAUGACCUGAAACUCCAAGAGUGCCCAAGCGCUAUCAAAGUGGAACCUCCAUCCCCUCCUUACUAUUCAGAAAAAAGUCAGCUCUACAAUAAGCCUCAUGAAGAAUCCUCUAACUCCCUGAUGGCCAUUGAAUGCCGAGUCUGUGGGGAUAAAGCUUCUGGGUUCCACUAUGGAGUACAUGCUUGUGAAGGCUGCAAGGGUUUCUUCCGGAGGACGAUCCGUUUGAAACUCAUCUAUGAUCGGUGUGACCUGAACUGUCGGAUUCACAAGAAGAGUAGAAAUAAAUGUCAGUACUGCAGGUUUCAGAAGUGCCUUGCUGUGGGGAUGUCCCAUAAUGCGAUCAGGUUUGGGCGGAUGCCACAGGCCGAAAAGGAGAAGCUGCUGGCUGAGAUCUCCAGUGAUAUCGACCAGCUGAACCCAGAGUCUGCUGAUCUCCGGGCCCUGGCAAAACAUCUGUAUGACUCAUACAUAAAGUCCUUCCCUCUGACCAAAGCCAAGGCGAGGGCGAUCUUGACAGGAAAGACGACAGACAAAUCACCAUUUGUUAUUUAUGACAUGAACUCCUUAAUGAUGGGAGAAGACAAGAUUAAAUUUAAGCACUGCACGCCCCUGCAGGAACAAAGCAAAGAAGUUGCCAUCCGCAUUUUCCAGGGGUGUCAGUUCCGCUCCGUGGAGGCUGUCCAGGAGAUCACCGAGUACGCCAAGAGCAUUCCAGGUUUCGUCAACCUUGACUUGAAUGACCAAGUGACCCUCUUGAAAUAUGGUGUCCAUGAGAUCAUCUACACCAUGCUGGCCUCCUUGAUGAAUAAAGAUGGGGUUCUCAUAUCCGAGGGCCAAGGAUUCAUGACAAGGGAGUUUCUGAAGAGCCUGAGAAAACCCUUUGGUGACUUUAUGGAGCCCAAGUUUGAGUUUGCUAUAAAAUUCAAUGCACUGGAACUAGAUGAUAGCGACCUAGCAAUAUUUAUAGCCGUCAUCAUCCUCAGUGGAGACCGCCCGGGAUUGCUGAAUGUGAAGCCCAUUGAGGACAUCCAGGAUAACUUGCUGCAGGCCUUGGAGCUCCAGCUCAAGCUCAACCACCCUGAGUCUUCCCAGCUGUUCGCCAAGUUGCUUCAGAAAAUGACAGACCUCAGACAGAUUGUAACAGAGCACGUGCAGCUGUUGCAAGUCAUCAAGAAAACAGAGACGGACAUGUGCCUUCACCCACUCCUACAAGAAAUCUACAAGGACUUGUAUUAGCACAGGAGUCCUAGCCCACUGACAGCGUGUUCCUUCUUCCAAUUGCACUAUUUCUUUGAGGGAAAACAUGACAUGCCUAAGAAAUUACUGUGAAAAAAAAAAGCAUUUUAAAAAGGAAAGAGCUUUAGAAUAAUAAGAUCUAUUUUAUGCAUAUUGUUUUUAAAAGACACAUUUACAAUUUACUUUUAAUAUUAAAAAGUGACUAUAUCACGAAA